GUCAAUAUCGUAUUUCAUUUAAAUUUAAUAAUUAUAUGAUAAUUAAUAGUGUCUUUAUAUAAUUAGAAGUAUUAAAUAUGGAAAAUGUAAAAUUAGCAAAUGCUUACGAAAUAUUAUCAACAGAAGCAAGAGAACUAUUUCUUGGCUCACAAGUAUCAGAAGUAUAUCAUACACCGAAACCUUUAGAAUUUUAUAGAAAUUAUGUAUCAAAAAAUAUUCCUGUCGUAUUUAGAAAUAUUAAUCAGAAUUGGUAUGCCGUUCAACAUUGGAAUUCGGAUUAUAUGAGUGAAAAAAUAGGUGAUAAAAUUGUCACUGUAGCCGUAACUCCAAAUGGAUAUGCAGAUGGCCUAACUUCUCAUUCCGAUGUAAAAUGUAAAGAUUUUGAAGAUCUUGAAUACUUUGUGAUGCCUGAAGAAAGAGAAAUGCGUAUGCAGGAAUUUUUAGAAUCUCUAAAUAACAAAAAUAGUAACGAGAUUAUGUACAUACAGAAGCAAAAUUCAAACCUGACUCUGGAUUUACCUGAGCUUUCUAAAGACGUACCUGCAGAUAUUUCUUGGGCCAGUGAAGCUUUUGAUAAAGUACCGGACGCUGUAAAUUUUUGGAUGGGGGAUAGCAGAGCUAUUACUUCAAUGCACAAAGAUCCAUACGAAAACAUAUAUUGUGUAAUAUCAGGCUACAAAGAUUUCAUAUUAAUACCUCCAACCGAUAUGCAGUAUGUUCCAAAAUCAUUGUAUCCAGUGGGAACUUUUGAAAAAGUAAAUGAUAACUUCGCAAUCAAACCAUGGACUGAAACUGGAGCUGAAACAAAUACUGAGACACCAUUAAAUAUUAAACAAAUAUCCUGGGUCAGCAUUGACCCUCUCAAACCGGAUUUAAAAAGAUAUCCACAGUAUAAUAAAUGUAAUAUUUACCAUGUCAGAGUUAAUGCCGGUGAUGCCUUAUAUUUGCCCAGUCUUUGGUAUCAUCACGUAAGACAGAGUCAUAAAUGCAUCGCUGUGAAUUACUGGUAUGAUAUGGAAUACGAUUCUAGAUAUUGUUAUUAUAAAAUGAUGGAGCACCUUUGUGGAUUUGACAAUGUUUCAUAA